AUGGAUCCUUCUGAUGCGUUUCUUAACCUUGGUGGUCUGCUAGGGUCACUUGCUUAUUACACAUCUGUCUCUGCCCACCAACCCGCAGGUUCACACGUUAAUUUUGUGCCCACUGAUGAUCCGGAUCAUCCAACCACUAUUCCUUUCGAAAAUCGAAACGGAACUGAUGGCACCGUAUGGCCUCCUUAUAUCCUACAUGCACCACAGCCCAGCCGUCCUCUCAUUCAUCAGUGGUCUGGAUCUACGUACAUGGACUCUUACUCGCAGGCGAACAACCAGACAAUGGGAAUGAGCAUCCCUCGACCCUCUGCACCCUCUCCCAUUCUCGGGAUGCAGGACGGCUUGCUUGAGAAUUUUGCCGACGUCUCCGACAAUUCACCAUCUUACCCUCCUCGUAGCCAUGGUUUUGGUCGAUUCGAGCCGUACCGUAACGCAUAUCCCCAUACGCACCACGACGCCUUUCUCUGUCGGUGGGACAACGAAGGAAUCCUUUGUGGUGAUGAGCUUCAGGCUACACCCAAGGAUAUUCUCACCCACCUGCGCCAGGAUCAUCACAUCGGAAUCGGCAACAAGGACACUUACCGCUGUCAUUGGGUUACAGCUCACGGUCGCUGUGAGGAGCAGCUGAGGUUACAAAGUUAUGGGCGUCACAUCAUUAAGCACGCCGGUAUCAGAAUGAAGUGCUCUAUCUGCGAUACGACAAUGCCGGCUCGGAAUGACCUCGCCACCAGGCAUCGUCGUCGUCAUCUGAAUUGCUCUCAAGCAGAUUUCAUGAUUGUCCCAGCUCGUAAUACUGAGGCGUUUUCCCCGUGA